UGCAAAAUAUUUUGACACAGUUGUUGGUUACCGAUGCCAACUGUGAAGUUUUCAUUGUUUGGAAACAACGAACGAGCGCCGGUGAUUAGGAUCAGAGUCAAGUUUUAUUCGUGUAAAGCUUUUUAAAAUCAUCAAACUAUGCUACCUCAGCAAACCAUUCGACUUUUGCGCCAAACAGUAUUGCUUAAAAGAACGUCCCGCAGUUUUUCCUCACCUUCGGAAACUAUACGCACCCAAUACAGUAAUGUUGAUCAGCGGGAAGUGGAAAAUCUUUCGAAGCAGUCCACCGAAUGGUGGGAUCCACAUGGUCCUAUUCGUGGACUACACGCGAUGAACGCCCUUCGUGUUCCUUUGAUUCGUGACGGAUUAAUCACGACCGGUGCUGUGGAGAAAACGCUUGUACGAAAACCAAAUGUCCUCGCAAAUUUGAACAUUUUGGAGGUGGGAUGUGGUGGAGGGAUUUUAACGGAAGCAGUUGCCAAAUUGCAUUCGAAAGUAGUCGGUAUUGAUCCAAGCGAAAAAUUGAUCAACGUGGCAAAACAACAUGCUUUAGAAGAUAAAUCGCUUAAUCCGCAACAAAUUCAAUAUUAUGUAGAAACCAUCGAGCAACAUGCUGCCAAAAAUGUUGAACAAUAUGAUGCAGUGGUCGCUUCGGAGGUAUUGGAGCACGUGAAUGAUAAGGUGGCAUUUAUCGAGCAGUGUCUGAGCGCCCUUAAACCGGGAGGAUCUAUGUUUAUUACCACGAUCAACAAAACGACACCUUCGUGGCUGGGGGCCAUCGUUGGUGCCGAACAAGUUUUUAAACUAGUUCCCGAAGGUACUCACGAUUGGGAUAAGUUCAUAUCGCCACUCGAUUUGCAACGAAUUCUCUCUAGCUACAAUUGCAACACAAUACUUGUGCACGGAAUGUUUUACCAGUUUUGGUCAAACCAGUGGUGUUGGACGAAGAACACUGAUAUAAAUUACGCGCUCCAUGCAAUUAAAAUAAAAGAACAGUAAGUGUUUCACAUGUUUGAUUUAAAUUUAAUACACCUACUUAUUGUAGAAGCAAUACGUGAAUCACAAUAAAGUAAUUAAUUUAUUAAAC